CAAGCCAGCUGCAGCCUCCUCCUGACUUCCAACUUUCCCAUCCAUCCAUCUCUGCCCUUUUUCUUCUCAACAGCGCCCGGCUCAGGUCGGCGAUCCCCAGAACCCAAGACUGUGUGUAGCACGACGACAUUCCAUUCAUUUUUUACUGGUAUCACAGCAGCUACCGGCGGCCAGGGACCAUACGAGCACGUUAUUUGACGAAAAAAGAAACAUCGACAACCUGCACCACCACACACCGCGGCGGCCCGACAAACAUGGAUCCCGGGAGACAAGCAAUGAUCAACGGCUGGAAGUCGCCACUUCAGGGCGACAGGGACGCCAGAGACCGAAGAGUAGCGGGAGGAGGAAGAGCCGGGGACAGAGAGAGGGACAGAGACAUCACGGGUCCUCGAUUCGACUCGUCCAACCGUAUUUCCAAAACACACCGCCCGCCGCCUUCCAAGAGCACCGGGGCAAACAGUGCUGCUGCUGCUGCUGCUGCUUCUGGACGGUACCUGACCCAAGACCAGCAGUCCGAGCAGUUCGUAGCAGACGAGGACAAGUUCGUCCUCAACCAGGCAAAGAAGAAGGCCGACAUCCGCGUCCGGGAGCACCGAGCCAAACCCAUCGACCAUCUCGCCUUCAACCUCCGCUUCAUCGACACGGACCGCGAUAUCUUUGACGACCAUGAUUCCGAUGCCGAAAUCAGCAUUCUCGGUCCCGAAGCCGUCCUCCAAAGUCUUGGUGAGGCGCAGCUUAGGGAGCUCGACGAAGACAUCAGGUCCUACCACACUCUCGAGUGCAACAAGAAGAACAAGGAAUACUGGACAGCGCUGCUCGCCCUGUGCGCCGACCGCCGUCAGAAACUGAAGCCACAGGGUCCCGAGGGAAGAGCUGUGACCUCGGUGGCGUCGGAUGUGGACCGAAUCCUGAGUCCCAAGUCGCUGGCCCAGCUGGAGGCGCUCGAGAAGCAGAUCAGGGCCAAGCUGCAGUCCAACGAGCCCAUCGACACGGACUAUUGGGAACAGCUCCUCAAGAGUCUCUUGGUUUACAAGGCCAAGGCUACUCUCAAGAGCAUAUGCGAAGAAAUCAAGGCGGCCCGGGUUGGCCUGCUCAAGACCCGUGACCUGGAAAAGGCCAGGGAAUUAGAGGCUUCCGAUGGUUACGCGGGGGCCGCGCCGGCGUUGGGAUCGGCCGGUUCUUCCUCUAAGCCGGCAUCCAGACCAUCCGCAGCUGUGAUGGCCAGUGCCAGUGCCAGCGCCAGCGCCAGUGCUGGUUCAUCCAGUGCUCCACCCCCGGGAACUGCUCGCUUCGCUGUUGUCGGCACCGAAGACUUCUCUCAGGCGACCAAGGCCUUGUAUGACCGCGAGGUUGCAAAGGGGAUCAGCGAGGGCGAGGAGAUCUUCACGGCAGAGGAAGAGGUGCCAGGAGUCUCGAAGCCUCUCUGGGCGGACAAGUAUCGGCCGCGAAAGCCGCGCUACUUCAACCGCGUGCAGAUGGGAUACGAGUGGAACAAGUACAACCAGACACACUACGAUCACGACCACCCCCCUCCCAAGGUGGUUCAGGGCUACAAGUUCAACAUCUUCUACCCCGACCUCAUCGACAAGACCAAAGCACCGACAUUCAAGAUCAUCCGGGAGCACGGCCGUAGAAAGGGAGAGUCUCUAGCCCCCGCAGGGUCCGAAGACACCUGUCUCAUUCGUUUCAUCGCCGGCCCGCCCUACGAGGAUAUCGCCUUCCGCAUCGUCGACCGCGAAUGGGACUACAGCGCCAAGAAGGAGCGUGGCUUCAAGAGCAGCUUUGACAAGGGGAACGCUAUGCUGUGCCGCUUGUGGUGGUGGUGUGGUGUGAGGCGCGACCCAGGUCUCGACGGCCCAACUGGGUAA